UCCGUCUGACGUCUGUAGUCUGUAGCGUCACGGCCGUACACGUGCGCAUCUGGUCAAUUAAUAAUGAUUUAAAUAUCGGAAAAAAAAAGAAAAGAAAAAGGGAGAGUCUGCGAUCUAGAGUCUCUCCGGAUCGUCUGCGUUCGAGACAGCCAUCGUGCGCAUCGGAACGUAAACUGUCAUGGAGGUAGGCGAGGUGAUGAGCGAUAAGGAGACGAUGGACGGUGUAGGACGACACUCGCGGGCGCUCUGCGAGAGUGACGAGAUUGAAAAUUCGGAUGAGAGCAGCGAGAGUAGACCGUCCGGGGAGAGAUGGGCCCCCGUUGGCGCCAACGACGGCGACGAGUUCGCGGACGAGUAUAAAUAUGUCAAUGCCAACGUAGACAAUCUUGCUUAUGAUAUGGAGAGGGUAAAGAUGUUGGAGGAGGAGCAGGAGAUGUUGAACUCGUCUCUUAUAGCAUUAACCACCCACUUUGCUCAGGUUCAAUUUCGUCUACGACAGAUUGUGGAUGCGCCAGCUAGCGAAAAGGAAACACUGCUCAAAGAGUUGGAGGAAUUUGCGUUUAGGGGAAUACCAGAUGUACCGAACAGCUUACUAUUAGACAGCAGAUCUAUCACGCCAAUCUCUUCUGUAGCCUGUGAUCGAAGUGUAACUGAUGUUAUUACUGAUGCGGAAGUCGAAUCCAAAAUGGCAAUGCAGAGAACAAAACAGAGAGAGCUGAUAAGUCAAUUGAAAUCUCAAUUGGAGGAUUUGGAAAAGUACGCAUACGAAACUGGUGACGCCGAUCUACCGCAGAGCGUCAUUCUCGAGAGACAAAAUAUAAUAAUUAGUCAUUUAAAAGAGAAGUUGAAUUUUGACGUCGACGAUCUGUGCAAAUUACCGGCGGACGAUCUCAGGUGGCAAGUCGAUUACGCCAUAAGUCAAAUCGUCAGCCCGUUGAAGAUGAAGGAGCAACUUGUCUCCCAGCUGAAGACGCAGGUCGCCGAUUUGGAGCGUUUCAUAAACUACCUUCAGGGUGAAGUCAGCACGGAAACCUUGGCGUGCACGUGCGCGUGUCCGGUGCACGCAAGCGGUUCAUCGGCCUCUUACGGCGCCAAACGGCGCUUCGACCGGGGAAGGGGACCAGUCGAGGGGGAUGCGAAUAGCGCCACUCGCACCAGGACCCUCAAUACCGUUCGGAAGGUGGUCGCGCUCCUGCAUAUGUUUCUGAUGUCGCAGCUGGGUUGCGGCAGUGAACGGGUGCGUCGGAAUUUUGGCGGUAUGAAGAAUCCGGUGCACAAUUGGCGCGAUCUGCGUACGAGAUUGGACAUCGCCGUCGAGCACGUGUUGGAGACGAUCGCGGAGACGUCGCAGCGACAGCAACGUCGGCCCGAUGACGACGACGAGGAGGACGACGAUGAUAUUGAUGACAACGAGAACGAUUACACAUCUGACUCGGAUUCGGCGUCGCACGCCAAUGCGAGACUCACGUCCGCCGUGAGGAAACACCUCGCGAUCUCGAUCAGGGAUCUCGUGCAGCACGGCUUGACCGCGGACGUGACGCGUUCCGGAUCCAGCGUGGUGCCGUUCGUCGGCUGCUUCCCGCAGCGCAACGUUACGUCGGCGAAUUUCAUGCACGUCUGGGAACUAAUACUCAAGUACUACGAGAUCAAAAACGGGCGACGUUACAAUUCCAGUCCCGCGCAGAAGCUGUCGCAGAGCUUCAAUCUCGAUCUCGCUGCUGGGAGGACAGCCUCAUCGAAACAGAGCUUAUUGACGACCAUAGGUAACAUUAUCGCCUCCCACAGUCCGUACAAGCGAAGUUACGAUUCGCACUUCAAAGCAUUCGUAUGCGCGGCUUUAAACGCUAAUAAACUGGUGAUAUGGCUAAAGUUGAUCUUGCAAUGUCAAUAUCUUCUGGAAAAUUAUUAUCUCUCAUGGAGCUAUGUUGUAAAGACAGGUUUCCAAGAUGCAUUUCACACUUUGGACCGCCUGACUAGUUACAAGUUCAACUUAUCAGUGGACUUGGCCGUGCGACAGUUUCAGAACAUAAAGGAUGCAUUUUGAUUGUACACUCUCAUCGUUAACAUUUCGUGCAAAUGACAAUGUAAGCCAUAUAGUACUUAUAUAUAUCAUUUGGUAUCUUCCAUAACAAGCUGUAACACAAAGAAUUGUACAUGUGAACGAUAAAAAUGUACAAGGUGAGUUACUAGGAAUAGAAUAUUUUAAUGCAGUUCUCUCGCAAGUACGAAGAUGUCUGGAACAUAAUUUAAGUAAAGGUAAACUUGAUAAAUAUCAUUCUUUUUCUCUUUAUUAAUGUUUCCUUUUUAAUAGAAUAUUAUAUUCAUAUUAAAUGUAAUUGUAAAAAUGUUAGAAGUGCUUAAAGCCAUCCAAAUUGUGCUCUAUACGUUUUCUUUCGUACUUCCAGUUCAAGAAAGAUACUUUAUUUCCAGUAACUCACGCUGUAUAUGAGCAUGCAUUAGGAGAUUCUCAAAGUAUUAAUAUCACAAAAUAUGUUCCUUUUCUUAGUCUCUAAGUAUUCAGUACAUAUUAAACACACACACACACAUAUAUAUAUAUAUAGAAAGAGAGAGAGUUGCAAUAACUAUUAGGCGUAAUAAUUAUUUACCUUUCAAGAUACCACAUAAAUAUUUAUAUAAAUCAGUUAUAAAUAUAUGAACUUGUUUCUUGAUUUUUGCUUAUAUAGAAUGAUAGAGUUUACAAAUAUUGAAAAAUAUUCUGAUUAGAAUCUACAUAUCUGUCGAGAUAUUUUGUUGAAUAUAAGCUCAAGGCGUGUUAAAGAUACAAGAACUGAAUCGAGCAAAGCUAGUCACCUCGAAAAAUAAUCAUUCCAUAUUUUGCACAUUUAUGCUAAGCAUCACGACGCAUAGAGAGAGAGAGAGAGAUAAAUAUACCAAAGAUGUGUAAUAUUAUGAUAUUGUGACUAAAAACUUGUUGCACUGAACAUGUUAUAUUAUAUAUAAGGCGUUUUAUGUAUAUCUACACAUAAAUUAGUAUAAGAAAAUGAUAUA